AGUAUUUUGCAAUUUGAUUCACAAAGUUUUGAAACUGAGUCACGUUGUAGCGUAGUCCUUUAGCGCAACGCUCGUGUGUGCCGUGGAAUAAUCCGUCUCAACAUCGGACGAAAGAAAAUUAUAUCCACGUCGAUCUAAGAAUGGAGGAAUACGCGAGAGAACCUUGUCCAUGGCGGAUUGUUGACGACUGUGGAGGUGCGUUCACAAUGGGAGCCAUCGGAGGUGCCCUCUUUCAAAGCAUUAAGGGAUUCAGAAAUGCGCCGAGCGGUAUGAACAAACGACUCGUCGGCAGUUUGAUGGCGAUAAAACAGAGAUCGCCUAUCAUUGCCGGAAACUUUGCUGUGUGGGGCGGUAUGUUCUCAACGAUCGACUGUACUUUGGUACACUUCAGGCAUAAAGAAGAUCCGUGGAAUUCGAUUAUCAGUGGGGCAGCGACGGGUGGAAUAUUGGCUGCGAGAAACGGUGUUCCGGCGAUGGCAGGGAGUGCGAUCAUAGGCGGUGUUUUGCUCGCGCUAAUAGAAGGCGUCGGUAUUUUAUUCACCAGGCUUUCAGCCGAGCAAUUCAAGCCCCCUACCCUUGUUCCAGAGGAUCCCUCCCAGCUUGGCCCUCCCCCGACGCUCGGAGAGGCGAGAAACUAUUCUUAAUAAGCUGUAGCUUUAGUUCCUCCACGAUAUUAGACUACUUCAAUUUACUAGUUUCUUUAUAUUUCAAAUAUCGGCGAUGUCUGAACAACCGCCGAUCGAAUAAACGAUUCGACCUUA